AUGAGCCAACGAAUCGAGAACGAGAAGUCUGCUCCGCUCAAGAUUAUUAUCUGCGGAGGAGGAAUCGCUGGCUUCGCAGCAGCACUGCUCUUGCGUGAAGAACACGACGUUCUGGUCCUCGAAUCUUCAUCAUCCAACGAGGAGCUGGGUGCCGCCAUCACGCUCUCCAUCAAGGCCACCAGACUUUUGAGAAGAAGCUUCACGCGCGCAGGUUUCGAUAAGGAUCUCGCCCAUUAUGUCGAAGCCGAAAAGGUUGGAUCAAAAUUUGUCACCCUCGCUGAGUAUACCGUGCAAUAUACUGACGCCUCAAAGUUCCAGGAACUGCAUUGGAAGGACCUCUCAGUCCUCCUGGAAUGGCCAAUCAGUGCAGUCACCCAGAAGUAUGGUGAACCAUGGUGGUAUUUCUCCCGCAAGGACGUCCACGCCGAACUUAAACGCGCUGCUCUCUCCAAAGAUGGCUUAGGAACGACACCUCGCUUGCAGACAGGCGACCACGUCGAAAGAGUCGACUCGAAAACUGGUUCAGUAUUCCUCAAGUCCGGAGAGUCCUACAAGGCUGACUUGAUCAUCGGCGCGGACGGGAUUCGAUCUGCGAGUGGUAACUCGGUGUUUGGCAAGCUUGAGACAACACCUGAGGGCCUGUCCGCAUAUCGCUGCAUGAUCCGCACAGAGGAGCUGAGGAAGAACCCGCAGACACAGGUUCUGACUGAAAGUGCAAAAGUGCUCAUGGUGAUUGGUCCCGAUAGGAGAAUCGUUGUGUAUCCUUGCUCGAGCUGGGAGUGGAUGAACUUUGUGUGCAUUUACCCAGAUACUAGCGACCGACGGCUUCAGUGGAGUAGUGAAGUCGAGGUACAAGACAUGAUGGACAAGUUCAAGGACUUUCAUCCUUCUAUAGUUACUGCAUUGUCGAUGGCUUCUAAUGCUGGAGUCUGGCAGCUGCGACAGCGCGUGCCUCUACCGACAUUGGUCAAGGAUUGUUACGCCCUGGUAGGAGAUGCAGCACAUGCAAUGGGUCCACAUCAAGGCCAAGGCGCCUGCCAAGCCAUUGAAGACGCGGAAGCUCUUAGAAUAGUCUUGAGUGGUGCCUCGACAGAGGAUGUUGAAUCCCGACUCAAGAUAUACGACGAGUUGCGCCUCCAGCGCGUUACUAGGGUAAUGGAGAAUACGAAGAAAAUGGCUCCGCAAGCCACUGACUCGAAGGAGUUUGAGUUCAAGAGUUCACAGACGUAUAGUGACUACCACUGGGGCUAUAAAGUGGCUGAGGAAGCGGUGGAUCUGAUGCGUGCGCAUGGACUGGCCUUGAAGAUCCUGAACGACGAGACUGGGGAGGUUGGAUUUGAAUGA